UAUAAAGUGAUUGGUAAUGCCACCCUCCACUUAUUGAAAACAGCAGCCUUUUAGCUCCCAACAAAAAACAAAACCAAAAAAUGGCUGAGCAACAACAACAACAAGAUCAUCACAAAGAGCUUCAGCUUUUGCCUUCUCCACCGUCGACAGAAUCUCGAGUCAGGAAAUUCCGACCAACAGUUAUAACAACCGAUCACCACCAUUCCCCAUCUAUGAUCCACCAAGAUCUCGACCUCAAACUCUCCAUCAGCCUCAGUACAAUUCCAACAGCGACGGUGGAGCAUCUAAGCGAUGGCGGAGGAGGAGGUAGUGGUGUGGAAGCCCUGAAGUGGCAUGCAGCGGAGCAGAUAAGACUAGCGGCGAUAGAGAAAGCUUACGCGGAGAGAGUCAGAGAGCUGACUCGCCGUGAGAUGGAGAUGGCUCAAGCUGAGUUUGCUCGUGCAAGGGUGAUGAGGCAGAAGGCUAGGGAGGAGGUGGAGAGAGCGGAGAGAAUGAAGGAGAGAUCAAUGACGAAGAUCGAUACGACUUGCUUGGAGAUCACUUGCUACUCUUGCAGGCAACGCUUUAAGCCUUAAUUUAUGUAUUAAUUUGUUUCUCUUAACUAUUGUUAUUAUAAAUGAAAUUUGAGUACUGGUUUACUUAGUAUGAGAAAAUAAUUUGGAAAAAA